GUACCUCCGCGCGCGACUGUUGUGUCGCGACGCUAGCAGAAACUCGCGCGCGAUCGAUCGCUUGGCUGUGCUCGUGACACUACUCUGCCCUCAGGAUUUUUGUGCAAUGUGCUAUGGAGUUUGUUUACUUGUGAACGCCCCAGACGAGGGCUGAAUACAUUACCAGUGAACAGUUUUCAGUGCUUGGAAGUUGAAUAUUAGGUGUAGGCAUGCUGAAGCACGUGGCGGUGUCUCCACACCGCGCGCGCGCAGAUUCCGUCAGUCUCGCCUCGUCCGCCUCGUGCUGCAGCCUCGGCAGCCUCGAGCAUCGGCACGACUCCGUCACCAAUCUUUCACAUCGCACAACGACAAUAAAGGUGUUCGCUCGCUGUCUCCGUCCAGACAUCGAAUACAAGACGCUGUCGGUGACGUGGGGCACGCGCGCGCGGGAAGUGGUCUCCACGCUGCUCGGCAAGUUCAGGAUGAGGCACCGGGACCCGCGGCUGUUCUACCUCAGCAUGGAGGUGAGGGUGCGCGCAGCCGGCCUGCGGACCACGCUCGUGCUGGACGACGACGCGCGCCCAGCCGCUCUACAGGCGUGCCAUCCGAAAGGAUACUCUAAGUUUUCGUUGCAAAUGCGACCAGGUGGUUUGGUCAAGAUCUACGACUCGGCUCUCAUGUCGUCGUCUCAAUACAAAUGUCUAUUGACCAGUGAAAGAACGACUGCGGACGAGCUGCUGGCGAUCUUGCUGCAUUGUUAUGACUCCACAGAAGGCGUCGAGAGGUUUUCACUAUAUGAGGUGUGCCCAUCUCAAGAAUAUGAGCGCAAGCUUCAUCCUGACGACUUACCGCUGCUGGUCCAGCGCGCGUGGCCGCCGGAUACCGACUGUCACUUCAGGGUGCGACGUAAUCCGCGCGCACCUCCCCUCCCACCACGCGCCCUACCCGCCCCCGCGCCCCCCGCUGAACCCACCCAAGAAGACGAAGAAACCUCCAGAGCGUUAUCCGCUCUAUCUCUAGAAGCCGAAGGAGAAAGGAGACGGUAUACGCCCGUAUACAAAUUCCCCAGCAUAAGCUACUGUAAAGAAACAAAAAACGACUACCUCUACAUCUGACUAGCCGUUAAUUUGCCUAGGACCAUCCUCUGGGGUGGCCUCAAAGGUUGCAAGUGGAAUCAAUGCCAACGGACAGUGAAAAGGCGACUUAAGUGCGGUGUAAAUAAAGUGUGAACUUGUAUAUAGUGUAUAUAGAGACGCUGUCAAACCAAAAGAGAUUUGGGAAAAUGGUAAUCUCUGAUUUGAAGUGCGAAACCAAAGAGAUGUUGCAAUAACAGCUUAUCUAACCACUAACGGGGAAAAUAUCUUUUUAACGUUUACAAGUAAUAUUAUCUUACAUGUUGAUGUGAAAGAUUUUAAAUAAAGAUUUUAAAUAAAAAUCUACAAUAUUGUAAACAUUUGUCAUUUGUAACUAGUGCAGGUUUUAAACAUUUAUAUUUCCUUCUAGUCUACAAAAUAAUUAUGAUAGUUUCAUCUCGAAACAUUGUGUAAGAUUAUAAUUGUUACCUGAUCGCAACAAAAACUAAUAUUGUAAUUUGACUAAAAUUGUAUAUAAAUUUAAUUUAGCUAGUAGACACCAAAGAGGCGAGCGAGAAUAUAAUUAUGUGACAUUAGAGCUAUUUAUCUGUUAUGCAUUGUAAUGUUGUAAUUUAUUUAUGGAAUGAAGAAGACAUAGAGGGCAAGUCUAUUCGCUUGUAAAUGUUAAACAUAAAUAUAUCGUCAUCGAAUCUACUUCAAUAAACUGCGAUAU